AUGCUUCACACCGUCCGCACUGUGUCUUUAGGGCACACUUCCAUUUCAUUCUUUCCCUUCAAACCUUCUUCUUCUUCUUCAAUCGCUUUCUACAUGGAGCAAUCUCCUCUUUUAUCUUUCAACUUAAAGAUCUCUAACCAAUCCCGCCUCACCUUUCAAUCAUCAUCACACAAACACGAAGCUAAUGCAGUUUCUCCAAGGAAUGAUGAAUCAGUUGUUCAUGGAUUAUCUGAAACGAUUGUUGGGGUUUUGGGAGGAGGUCAACUUGGUCGAAUGCUAUGUCAAGCUGCUUCUCAGAUGGCAAUUAAGGUCGUCGUUUUAGAUCCUCAGGAGAAUUGUCCGGCUAGCUCAUUCUCCUAUCAACACAUGGUUGGAAGCUUUGAUGACAGUGCAACAGUAGAGGAGUUUGCAAAGAGGUGUGGAGUUUUAACUUUUGAAAUUGAACAUGUCAAUGUUACUACAUUGGAAAAACUUGAGAAACAAGGAGUUGUAUGUCAACCUAAAGCCUCUACUAUACGAAUUAUUCAGGAUAAGUAUCUGCAAAAGGUUCACUUCUCUAAGCAUGGCAUUCCACUUCCUGAAUUUAUGCAGUUAGAUGAUCUUGAAGGCGCUAAGAAAAUAGGGGAACUUUUUGGCUAUCCUCUUAUGAUCAAGAGUAGGAGACUAGCUUAUGAUGGACGAGGAAAUGCAGUUGCAAAAAGUGAAGAGGAACUAGCUUAUGCUGUGGAUGCACUUGGAGGAUUUGAUCGUGGUUUAUAUGCUGAAAAAUGGGCACCUUUUGUCAAGGAACUAGCUGUCAUUGUCACGAGAGGGAGAGACAAUACAAUUUCAUGCUAUCCUGUUGUUGAAACUAUUCACAGGGACAACAUAUGUCACAUAGUUAAGGCUCCAGCAGAUGUAAAAUGGAAGAUUAGGGAGCGUGCCACCAAAGUUGCUUUCAAUGCUGUCAACUCUUUAGAAGGUGCUGGUGUGUUUGCUGUUGAAUUGUUCUUGACUGACGACGGACAGAUUUUAUUAAAUGAAGUUGCACCUAGACCUCACAACAGUGGACACCACACAAUUGAAUCUUGCUACACCUCACAAUAUGAGCAACAUUUGCGGGCUGUCGCUGGUCUUCCUCUUGGCAAUCCAUCAAUGAAAACUCCAGCUGCGAUCAUGUACAAUAUAUUAGGUGAAGAAGAGGGGGAGCUUGGUUUUCAAUUGGCUCAUCAAUUGAUGACGAGGGCAUUGACCAUCCCUGGUGCUUCUAUUCAUUGGUACGAUAAGCCAGAAAUGAGAAAACAACGAAAGAUGGGCCACAUAACCGUUGUUGGGCCUUCCCUAAGCAAUCUUGAAGGCAAUCUUGCAACAAUAAUAGAAGGGGAAAAAUUAGAUGACAAGACUGCAGUAGCUCCACGUGUGGGGAUUAUAAUGGGCUCUGAUUCAGAUCUGCCUGUUAUGAAAGAUGCUGCUAAAAUCUUGGAAAUGUUUGGGGUGCCUCAUGAGGUAAGAAUAAUUUCAGCACAUCGAACUCCGGAUUUGAUGUUUCAUUAUGCCUCGUCUGCUCAUAAACAAGGCAUUCAAGUUAUCAUUGCUGGUGCUGGUGGUGCAGCUCACUUGCCUGGAAUGGUGGCUGCUAUGACUCCCUUGCCUGUAGUUGGUGUUCCUGUACGUGGUUCUACCCUCGACGGAGUUGAUUCACUCUUGUCAAUUGUCCAGAUGCCAAGAGGUGUCCCUGUUGCCACCGUUGCUGUUAAUAAUGCAACAAAUGCUGGGCUGUUGGCAGUGAGGAUAUUGAGUGUUGCCGAUGAAAAUCUUAUGUCAAGGAUGAUCCAGUAUCAAGAGGACCAAAAGGAAAGCGUAUUGGCGAAAGGAGAGAAGUUAGAAAAACUUGGUUGGGAAUCCUACUUAAAUGAUAGUAAUUAG